GAUAGGCUUUUCUUCAUUCUGCUCUAUCCCCAGUCCCCCUAGUCAGACAAGCAGAGCAGAGCGGGACAGAGAGAGAGAGAAGAGUCGUGAGCGAACGAGUGCAGAACAGAACAACUCCACAAAGAGAAGAGAGAGGUGGAUAGUUCCCUUUGCGAGAAAAAGAGAAGAAAAUCAAGCCUUUCAGAAUACAUUACCAACUGAGGACAUUACUUAUUUCUAGCCCUGUUUUAUGUUGUAACAGUGAGAUUUCUUUCUCAUUCUACGAGAGCCUACACACUGAUUGUAAAAAACUUGUAUUGUGUAGUAGGAAUUGGGGAUUUUGCAGAGAGAAGGAGAAAGAAAGAGAAAAGGCUUUUUUGGAGCCAGGUUUUGAGAAGCAGGAGGCUGCAGUCGUGGAGAUCAUGCCCGGUAGAGGAGCUUGUUCUGGGGCAGGCGUGGGGAGGUUGCCUGGGUACUGGGUCUGUGUGCUGGUUCUCUGUGCCCUGGUGACAGGCUACGUCAGCGCGUGCCCUGCCCUGUGUACCUGCAGUGGCACCACGGUGGACUGCCAUGGGCUGGGCAUCAAAACCAUGCCCCGGAAUAUACCCCGCAACACCGAGAGACUGGAGCUGAAUGGGAAUAACCUCACACGCAUCACCAAGAGUGACUUUUCUGGACUCAAGUACCUCCGUGUGCUACAGUUGAUGGAGAAUCAGAUUGGAGCGAUAGAGCGUGGAGCGUUUGAUGACAUGAAGGAGCUGGAGAGACUGCGCCUGAAUAGGAACCAACUGCAGCAGCUUCCAGAACUUCUGUUUCAGAAGAACCCUGCACUUUCACGUCUAGAUCUGAGUGAGAACAACAUCCAGUCCAUCCCCAGGAAGGCUUUCAGAGGAGCUACAGACAUCAAGAACCUUCAGUUGGAUAAGAACCACAUUGGCUGCAUCGAGGACGGAGCCUUCAGAGCACUGAGGGGCCUGGAAGUACUGACUCUGAACAACAACAACAUCAGCAGCAUCCCAGUCUCCAGCUUCAACCACAUGCCAAAACUACGUACCUUCCGUCUCCACUCCAACAAUCUGCACUGUGACUGUCACCUCUCCUGGUUGGCCCAGUGGUUAAGACAAAGGCCUACAAUUGGUCUGUUCACUCAGUGUACAGCUCCAGCCCCGCUUAGAGGACUCAACGUGGCCGAGAUACAGAAACAUGAGUUUACCUGCUCAGGCCACUCAGAGAGCUCCGGCUUGCAGCCCUGCAGCCUAGGAGGAGGUUCGUGCCCUGCCAUGUGUACCUGUAGUAACAAUAUUGUGGACUGCAGAGGAAAAGGCCUCACAGCUAUACCUGCCAACCUUCCUGACACCAUGGCUGAGAUUCGUCUGGAGCAGAAUGGGAUCAAGUCAGUUCCUCCUGGAACCUUCUCUCCCUACAAGAAGCUGCGCAGGAUAGAUCUCAGUAAUAACCAAAUAUCAGAAAUAGCUCCUGAUGCCUUCCAGGGCCUGAGAUCCCUCAACUCACUAGUCCUAUAUGGGAAUAAGAUCACGGAGCUGCCCAAAGGAGUGUUCGACGGACUAUGCACAGAGGACGUCCGUUUGAAUAAUGAGUGUAACAGUGAUCCAGUCUGUCCUCCUAAAUGUCGCUGUGAGUCCAACGUGGUGGACUGCUCCAACCUACGCCUCAAUAAGAUACCAGAACACAUCCCUUCCUCUACCACUGAACUUCGUCUGAACAACAAUGAUAUCAGCACACUGGAGGCUGUAGGAGUCUUCAAGACCCUCUCUCAGCUCAAAAAGAUUAACCUUAGCAACAAUAAGAUCACAGAGAUCGAAGAUGGGGUGUUCGAGGGGGCGGGGUCAGUCAAUGAGCUCCACCUCACCGCCAAUCAGCUGGACUCUGUCCGCAGUGGAAUGUUCAAGGGACUGGAGGGACUACGCAUGCUAAUGUUGAGGAACAACAAGAUCAGCUGUAUCCAUAACAACAGCUUCACUGGCUUGUACAACGUUCGCCUGCUGUCUCUCUAUGACAACCAGCUAACUACCAUCACCCCUGGAGCCUUCGACACCCUGCAAACACUGUCUACACUUAACCUCCUUGCUAACUCCUUCAACUGUGACUGUCGUCUGGCCUGGCUUGGUGAUUGGCUGAGAAGCAGGAAGAUCGUCACGGGCAACCCUCGAUGCCAGCGCCCCGCCUUCCUCAAGGAGAUCCCACUACAGGACGUGGCAGUGCCUGACUUCCGCUGUGAAGAGGGUGUGGAGGAGACAAGCUGUGUGCCCAGGCCUCAGUGUCCCAGUGAGUGUACUUGUCUGGAGACCGUGGUACGCUGCAGUAACAAACACCUCCGUACAUUGCCCAAAGGCAUCCCCAGAAACGUCACCGAGCUGUAUCUAGAUGGGAACCAGUUCAGUGUGGUGCCAAAGGAACUGUCUACCUUCAAAUACCUCCAGUUAGUAGACCUGAGUAACAACAAGAUCAACUCUCUAACCAACUCUUCAUUCUCCAACAUGAGUCAGCUCACCACACUGAUCCUGAGUUACAACUCUCUGCGCUGCAUCCCCAGUCUGGCCUUUGGUGGACUACGUUCCCUUCGACUACUGUCUCUCCAUGGCAACGAGAUCUCCGAGCUUCCUGACGGCAUCUUCAGUGACGUGGCCUCUCUGUCUCACCUGGCAAUUGGUGCUAACCCUCUGUACUGUGACUGUCGUCUACGCUGGCUGUCUGAUUGGGUGAAGACGGGAUACAAGGAGCCUGGCAUCGCCCGCUGUGCCGGACCGACGGGCAUGGAGGGCAAGCUGCUGCUCACCACCCCUGCCAAGAAGUUUGAGUGCCACGGGGAGGUGGACAGUGGCGUCCUGGCCAAGUGUAGCCCGUGCCUGUCCAGUCCGUGUGUCAACCAGGGGAUCUGUCACAGUGAUCUGGUGGAGAUUUACAGGUGCAGCUGUCCUCCUGGAUUCAAGGGUAGGAACUGUGAGACUGCUCUGAACGUCUGUGUCAGUAACCCCUGUGCCAAUGGGGGCACCUGCCAACUAAACGAGGAGGAGAAGGCAUACAGCUGUGCCUGUCCCCUUGGAUUUGAAGGUCCUACCUGCCAGACCAACAUGGAUGACUGUGAAGAUAACGACUGUGAAAACGGAGCUAACUGUGUAGAUGGUGUCAACAACUAUACCUGCCUCUGUCCUCCUUACUACACCGGGGAGAUGUGUGAGGAGAUGGAGGAUGUGUGUGCUCCAGGUGUCAGUCCGUGUCAACACCAGUCUACCUGUCUCAUCAGCUCUACUGGACCUCAGUGUGUGUGUUCUCCGGGCUACGUUGGCGAUGACUGCAGUGUUGACUAUGAUGACUGUGAGGAGAAUCGCUGUCAGAACGGAGCUCAGUGUGUCGACCAACUCAACGCAUACUCCUGCUCCUGCCCCGACGGCUACAGUGGUCAGUUGUGCGAGGUGCCCUCCUCACCGCGGUCUCUAUGUGACCUGGCAGACUGCCAGAACGAUGCCCCGUGUGUGGAACGGGCAGGCCGGGCACUGUGCCAGUGUCUCCCUGGGUUCGGAGGUCCUCGCUGUGAGAAGCUGGUCAGUGUGAACUUCGUAGACAGAGACUCCUACCUGCUGCUCUCUGACCUCAAGAACUGGCCCCAGGCUAACAUCACACUGCAGGUGUCGACAGCGGAGGACAACGGUAUCCUGCUGUAUAAUGGGGACAACGACCACAUCGCCGUAGAGCUGUUCCAGGGUCACGUUAAGGUCAGCUACGACCCUGGCAGCCUGCCAGGACAUGCUAUCUACAGUACUGAGACGAUCAACGACGGUCAGUUCCACACGGUGGAGCUGGUGACUAUUGACCAGAUGGUGAACCUGUCCAUCGACGGGGGUCUCCCCACCACCAUGGACAGCCUGAGGGGGGUCCGGCCCCUCAACGGGGAGGCUCCGUUAUACGUGGGGGGUAUGCCCGUGGACGUCCACUCGGCAGCCUUCCGGCUCUGGCAGAUCCAGAAUGGCUCCAGUUUCCACGGCUGCAUCCAGAACCUGUAUAUCAACAAUGAGCUGCAGGACUUCACUAAGACCCAGAUGAAGCCGGGCGUGGUGCCAGGCUGUGAACCUUGUAGGAAGAUCUACUGCCUACAUGGUAUCUGCCAGCCGGACGGGGCACAGGGACCAGUCUGCCACUGCCAGCCGGGCUGGAACGGACCACACUGUGACCAGCCGGCCACCAACCCAUGCCAGGGCAGCAAGUGUGUGCAUGGCAAGUGUAUUCCCCUGGACCUGCAGUCGUACCGCUGUGAGUGUGUGGAGGGUUACCGUGGUGCCCUGUGUAACCAGCAGGGGGAGCUGUUUAACCCCUGCCGCAGCCACAACUGUAAACACGGGCGCUGCCAGAUCUCUGAUACAGGGGAGGCCUACUGCCACUGUGAGGCCGGAUACACCGGAGAGCUCUGUGAUGCAGAGUCAGAGUGUCGGGGGGAGCCCGUGAGGGACUUCUACCAGGUGCAGCGUGGGUACACCAUCUGUCAGACCACACGCAUGGUCUCCUGGGUAGAGUGCUCCGGCGCCUGCGACACAGGUGCCUGCUGUGCCAGCCAGCGAAUGAAACGCCGGAAAUACACCUUUGAGUGCAGCGAUGGAACCUCGUUCAGCGAGGAAGUGGAGAAGACCAUCAAGUGUGGCUGCGUGGGCUGCAUGUAGCACGCUUCACACAAACCUGCUACCGCCACCGCCAAGUGCACCAGAGCGAGAAAGCGAGAGAGAGAGAGAGAGAGAGAGAGAGAGAGAGAGAGAGAGAGAGCGAGUGAGAGAGAGACAGAGAGAGACAGAGAGAGAGAGAGAGAGAGAGAGAGAGAGAGAGAGAGAGAGAGAGAGAGAGGAGGAAGAAGUAAGAGAACCAGAGAGUAUAAAGAAAUAUAUAUAAAAACCUCUAUCUAUAUAUUAUGGACAACAAUGUUUGUAAAAUAGGACAUUUCCUCCCCUUCCAUGGCUGUGUGACGUACAGAAACACAGAGAAAACAAACAUCAACAACAACAACAUGGAGAAGUGUGAACAACAACAACCAAACCAUUGUAUCUGCAACAUUGUUUUGAAGGGUUCUAGAGAUGCAAAGGUGUUGCAUUCAGAGCCAGACAUCAACCAACCCCUCAUACACACCUGGUCUAAACCUUUGGCCCCUUGGCUCAUCCAUCCAUUAGGCCUCAGAUAGCCUAAGCACCCUCUGCUUUCUUUGCUUCCUGAAGGCUGUAUGUGUAAUAUGACGUCCGGUCUGGUCGGGAUGGCAGGACGGAAGAGGUACAGUGAUGUAAAAAAUAAAAAUAAAAAAAUAAAAAACGACAGAGGGAGGAUAGUAGAGUUGGGUUGUAGUUAAGUUUGGUUAGGCAGGGCAGGACUGGGCUGAGCAGGAGUUGGGCUGGAACUGGACUGUAGCUGGUGUGGGCUGGUAUAAGCUUGCCUGGACUGUAACUGAGUUGAGCUGGGUUAGGUCGGGUUUAGAUGGGCCAGAUUGUAGUUGAGCUGUGCUGAGCAGAGCUGGGGUUAGGUCGGGCUAUAUCUGGGCCGAUUUCUUAUUGGACUCUAUCCUGGAGUUUUUAGAACAAGAGAUGUCCAUUCUUUUCAUUACUGAUAAGACCACUGCACUGAAUACCAGCACUGAGAAUCACAGUCAUUUGCCCUUCACAGCACAUACACACAACAUGCACGCAUGCACCACACUAGAGGACAUUCUUGUCUGAGCAGAAGGGUCGUUCCAUUAGAAGCAGUCAGAAGGGGCUGUCUGAUACACAUUGUGAGGCAGGUAGACCUUCCAUUCCCCUACAGUAGGCUAUAAGCUAUACCCCCACCUGGAGCAGGCAGUACCUGGUGGAGACCAAUCCCCCAGCAUGCAUUGCCUCAGGAUGAUUUGCAUAAGCCCUCCCCCUUUGAGCAGGAGGAUGAUUAGGCCCCUCCCCUCAAUGCCUGCAGUAUUAAAUGUGUGCAAACUUGCAUGUGAGAAGUUUGCAAAUUGAUAUGUAGAGCUUUUUAUUAUGUUUAUUAUUACGGAACAAAAAGGUUCAGAAUAUUUGUUUUGUUACGUCUAAUUUCAAUUAUUUGUUUUGCAUUGUUUUGUUUUUAUUUGUUAUUAUAUUUUGUUUUCUGAUGUAACCUAACACCUUUAGCCCUCUCUUUAUACAGAAAUGCCUAACAGAUUCUAAUAUAUAUAUUUGUAUUUCAUUUUGGUAUAGUAUUUUUAUAUGUUAAAGAGUAAAUCUUUGUUUUCUGGAAGCUUCUAUUGGAACAGGCAGGAUGGCAUUUGAUUGGUUCCCUAGCUGUUUUUAUUUGGUUAUUUCACUUGCUCAAACAAGGUAGUUUGUAAUUGUCCAAAACAAGGUAGUGAAUGGUUGGCCUUGUUGUGUAGGCAGCAGUAUUGAUGUAGAAACAUGUUUAAUAUUGUAUAUGUUGUCUUCCAUGUGAAUAUGACAUCUAAUUCAUUUGAAAGUCUGUGUGCUGUUUGUUUUAUUUUUUAUUUAUUUUAUCUUAAAGCUUUUUCCUGUAGAGUAUAAAAGGCAUAAUAAUUGUUGCUGAUUUUCAAAAAAUAAAAAUAAAUAAAAAAGUUAAAAUAAAAACUAGUGUAACAAAAAAAAGCUGUAAGGUAUUUGUGACAUCACUUAAUAGCCAGUUAUGACAGUAUUUCCUCCCCUCUGGCUCAGACACAUUCCUCAUUGGCUGUUGGGCCCGAGUGGGUGGAGUUAAAAUGCAAAUGAGUGAGAUGCCCCUCCCACUCUGAAAUACAUUUUUCCUGUAUUUACUAUACCAUUCUCUGAAAUAUUGUGAAAGGGUCCUGAUUGUCUUGUGUUGAUUUUGUUUAAGUAUUAGGCUGAAUUUCUGUCAUUUUAAAUUGGGGACAUUUUCCGUGGUAGAAGUAAUUAUAAGAUUUAAGUGAAAGUCACAGUCGACUGAAAUCAAGCUGCCGUAGGAAGCUUACUUAUUGUGGAUGUUCACAAAGAUGGUGUCUACAUUUUGCCUGCAUUAAAUUGGUGCUGCCAUCUUAUCAUUGUACUGUGGUGGGAGGUGAAAAGAUGGUGAGGCCAUGGGCUGAAUGACAGCAAACUGUAGACCUGCCAUCUUUCUGUAUGUUUGCCAUUGGAUCCACUUACCGCAAUCCUAUUUUAACAUGCACAGAUAAUGCCUGGAUUCAAUCUGUAUCGCUGAACUUCAGCGUUAUAAGGUGAUUGAAAUUUAAAGGCAAUGUUCCCGCGUUAGCAGAGACUGCAUUCGUGGUAAAUGAAUUUAGCCCUAGAUGUCCCCAUUCUGACUGGCUAUAGAACACAAAUCAGAGAUGAAAAGGUGCCAAUCGCAGAGUAGAACAGUCCAACCUGAAUGUAUAAAUGUGUAUAAACAUGAAUUGAGCUCACUCCUGAAGCGGUAUGGUUCAGCUGUUAUCCUCUUUGUUUUCUAAGUGGGAGACCUACAGGACGGGUUUCCUGCGGAGUAGGAUGAAGUUGCCCCUAGACACAGUUCUGUGGUCAGUUUGGUGGUUUUCCCCACUAAUGAUUAAGGUAAAGCUUUGGGGACGGAAAGCUGAUCCUAGAUCUAUGCUUAAGAACAACUUGUACCCAGAGCGUCCUGUUGCAGUGGACUCCUUGUUUGCCCCGAUGUUAACCUUGUCUUAUAUAUAUCCCUGAGGUUAUCCUAUGGUGUCCACAUUGUAUGAUAUUGAUGAACUGUCAUCUCAUCCUUUAGCUUAACGUUUAGCUCUAUGCCUGGCAGAUUUCAACAUGAGUUUAUCACAGCUCUCACAAAAAGGACUUUCAUACUUGCAAACAUGGAUAUUGAUCAUUGCAAUUCAGGCGGAUUCCAUUCAUUCUAGGGUGAAACCUGUAAAGACUCAUCCACCAUCCUCGAGAGAACUGUACUCCGUAUCAUGUCAUUGUGAAAGACGCAGUGUCUCUGUUGUAUUGAACUGGUAAAAAAAAGACAAAAAAGAACAAAAACUAUAAUAAUUCUCUGGUCUGUUUCCUACAGAUGUGCUACUUCUGUUGCUUUGGUUGUGUUCCGUCGCAGGUGUGAUGGUGGGAUUGAACUGAAGUCCCAGUGAUGCUGAAUGUAUGUAGUAUCUAUCGAUCUAUCUUUAUCUAUCGCCACCGACAAAAUGUUUACUGAACCUCCUCCACUUUUCAUUCAUUAAACUUUAAUGUGUGUGCUUUUAACAUG